AUGCCCCCGGGGGCUGUAUUGCCUCCCCUGUCCUGGGACUUGGCAGUCACGUUGGUGCAAGACACUGCAAAAAGCAGGGAGGGAAACGUGCCUUUGCGGCAGGCCUGCUCGCAAAACAUAAGCGCAGAGGUCUCGGAAGCCAUGGGCAUUUUUGAACUUCAGAUUCGCUUUCUGCGCAACGAGAAGGGGGUGCUGGCCGAUGGCCGAUGCUGCCGGGGAGGCCUGGAGCCGCCGUGCCCCGUGGCCGAGCAAUGCCGCACCUUCUUCCGGGCCUGCCUCAAGGAAUACCAGCUGCGGGCACACCCCGGGGGGCCUUGUGUGCUGGGUGCUGCCACCACCCCUGUUUUGGGGGGCAACGUCUUCUCAGCCCACCCCCAGAAGCUCUCGGACCAUGCCAGUACAAUGGUGGUUCCUUUUGACUUUGCCUGGCCGCGCUCGUACUCGCUGGUUCUGGAGGCCUGGGACGCUGCCAAUGCCAGUGAUGUCACCAACCCAGGCUCGGGGCAGCUGAUGGAGAGGGUGACGCGUUCGGGGAUGGUGAACCCAGGCGAAGGCUGGCAAGAUUUUUGGCAUUACGGGCGCGGCACCUGGCUGGAUUACCGGGUACGUGUGCGCUGCCAGGAGCACUACCACGGGCCCUCAUGCAACCUGUUCUGCCGGCCCCGCAACGAUUUCUUUGGGCACCACAGCUGCGACGCGGCCGGGAACAAGGUCUGUCUCGACGGCUGGACGGGAAACAAGUGCCAGCGGGCAGUUUGCCGCCACGGAUGCCACAAGACGCACGGGUUUUGCGAGGAACCUGGCGAGUGUAGGUGCCAUUAUGGCUGGACAGGUCCCCUCUGCGACAGAUGCCUUCUCUUCCCUGGUUGCGUCCACGGGAGCUGCACCGUGCCCUGGAAGUGCGACUGUGAGACCAACUGGGGCGGCCUCCUGUGCGACAAGGACCUGAAUUAUUGCGGAUCCCACCGUCCGUGCCAGAAUGGGGGCACGUGUGCCAACAAGGAGCCCAACGAGUACGAAUGUCUCUGUCUGGAAGGAUUCGGUGGGCGCAACUGCGAAAAUGCCCUCCUUCCACCGCCUGCUUCUCGAGCACCCUGCACUCCUGAGCUUUGUGCCAACGGCGGAACGUGCCUCCCAACCCCCUCCGGACCUCGGUGUGUCUGUCCGGCAGGGUGGAGUGGGCAGUCGUGCCAGAACGAUGUUAACGAAUGCCACGGAAACCCUUGCCUUCACGCUCGCGGAUGUAAAAACCUCAUUGGGAGCUAUUUCUGUGACUGCUUGGAAGGCUGGAUGGGAGCAAACUGCAGCAUCCGAAUGAAUUUGUGCCAAAGAAGAUGCCAGAACGGAGGCACGUGUCAGCUGGAUGGUGACCGGCAGACUUGCUCCUGCCGGCCAGGGUACACCGGGGUUGAAUGUGAGACCGAACAGCGGGCCUGUGGAGAUGCCCCCUGCCUACAUGGCGGGCAGUGCCAGGAGGCGGAAAACCAGACGUUCCUGUGCAGCUGCCCUUUGGGCUUUAGCGGCAAGUGGUGCGAGGUGUUUUUCAAUCUUUGCUCUCCAAACCCUUGCCCCAAAGGUGCCUCCUGCCAGGGUGGAGGAGGAAGCUACGCCUGCUUGUGCCCUGAAGGUGCCGCGUGUCAGAACCUGCAAGAGCCCUGUUUGGGUGACGGGUGCAAAGGAGAGAGCCACGCCGCACUCCUAUCUGCUGUGCUUCCACCCGUUCUACUCCUCGCCGGGGUGGUCCCCAUCUCGGUGCUGCUGCUGCUUUGGGUCCACCGCCGGUCCCUGCAGAGGCUACCCGGAAGAACGGAGCCUCCUGGCAACAACAGCCUGCAGCCGGACGCCGUCCAGCUCAUUCGCAACAUCCCCCACGGGGAUGCCGAGCGAGGGCCGGGGGAGGCCGGUGGCACGGCCAAGGGGGCGCCCCCUCCUGCGGGGGUCCCCAAGGUAGACAUCUCCAACCAGGAGAGGGCCAAACUGAACCGGCUGAACGUCGCCUCGGUUUUAGCAAGACCACCGCUCUGACCGGAAGAGGGUGGCGGAGCGUGUGGAAACGGCGCCGGAGAGGUGUGGGCGCUGGGGCAGACUCCUUUCACGCCCUCCGAAACAGCCCGUGACGCGCCUUCUCGGCCACUGAGAACACUGGUGUCCUUUCUGCUCUGGAAGGGGGUCCCCAAUUCACGUCUCCUUUUCGCCCCUCUCCGAAAGCUGCCGUGCUCCGAGGGCAGGCAGAGGCCAUCUGCAAGGCUCCUGGUGUCACCAGGCAGAUGUUCCAGUGGUCUAGCUGUCGGGCGCUCCCUGCAGGAGGCCAGUUGGAAAGACAGGAAGGGCAAGGAAGGGUCUCGUGUCCCCUGCGGCUCCUCGGACGACAGGAGGUCCCUAAAGGAGAAGCGCCGUUGCGGCCUUUGCCGGACCUUCUGCGAGAGCAGAAAGUCGUCUUCGGUCCUCGCUCCAGAGGAGACCAUUCGAAAGGGCAGCUGUGCCUGGAGGGCCCGGGCCACAUCUGGCCAGAGAUUGGCUACUACAUUGGCCAAACAAUAUCCCCCAGGACAAUAAGGUGGGGGGGAAUCUACGUGCCCCCCGACCGCCCCUCACCCCACACGUACCAGACUGCAACCUUGUCUACGGGGCUGGUAUUUGAAGCGGCUGGGAGGAUGGGGCAUUGUCGUCAAGAACAGUGAGAGGGCGCCUGGAAGGGGUGUGGGGGAGACCACCCGGCCCCCUUCCCUCGGCCCCCAUUUUGCAAAAAGAAACGAAACCUCUCUGGCAGGCUGAAUGUAGCAGGACUGUAAUAUACUGUAAAGAU